ACGCCGCCGAACGAAGCCACCAUCCCCUGCCGCCCCAGGAUCCGCUUCCCUCGGAUACCGAGCAGCUAGCGGACAGCGACAGCAGCCAGAGCAGCGUUCCAGGUACCACCGGACCCGCCGCCGCCGCCAAGCCGCUGAUCGGUUCCACUUCGCCGGAAGCAGGAAACAACAGGGCCACCAGGGAGCACCAGGACAGCAACAACAACAGCAAAAACAGCAGCAGCAUGGCGGUGGUGCGCAAGAAGCAGGAUGACAAGUACCUGCUCGCCCUGCGGGAGCUGGUGACGAGCGGCGCGGGAAACCGGCAGUGCUUCGACUGUGGCCAGAAGGGUCCUACCUACGUGAACAUGACGAUCGGCUCCUUUGUCUGUACCCGGUGCUCGGGUGUGCUACGCGGACUGACGCCGCCACAUCGGGUGAAAUCCAUAUCGAUGGCCACCUUCACACAGGAGGAGAUCGACUUCCUGCGGGCGCACGGGAACGAGCUCUGCGGCAAGACCUGGCUGGGCCUGUGGGACCCCAAGCGGGCCGCCCACCAACAACAGCAGCAGCAGGACCAGCGAGAGCUGCUGACCGACAAGUAUGAGCGGAAGCGAUACUACCUGGAGCCGGCCAGUCCGCUCAAGUCGCUCAACCUGAAGGCCGCCCCAGCGAACCUCCAGAGCCACAGCCACAGUGGCCACAAUGGCCACAAUGGCCACCACCAUCACCACAACGGAGUGAGUGUCUCGACCCUGUCGAGCAAUGGAUAUGCCAGCAUCCACCUGACGCCGCCUGCCGCCCAGCGCACCACAGCCAAUGGCCUGCACAAGGGCCCAACCGUCGCCAGCUCCUCAGCCUCGGCCACGUCCAUCAGCAGGCCGCAGCACCACCAUCACAACCACAGCAGCAGCAACAACAACAACAACAAUAACAACAACAAUCAUGACGCCUUCGGGCUGAACGGAGGAGGAGGAGGACUCACCAGUCUGAACAGCGCAGGAUCGACGUCCACGGGCGCCCUCUCGGACACCAGUAGCUGCGCCAGCAACGGUUUUGCUGGGGAAUCGGACUUUGUGGCCGACUUUGGGACGGCCAACAUAUUUGAUGCCACCUCGGCCCGAUCUGCGGGCUCGCCGGCCGUCUCCUCGGGCUCGUCGGUGAGCUCCACGAAUGGAUAUGCCAAGGUGCAGCCCAUCCGAGCGGCCCACCUCCACCAGCAGCAGCAGCAGCAACAACAGCAGCAACAGCAGCUGCUGAAUGGUAGCCAGGGAGCGGAGAACUUUGCGGACUUUGAUCAUGCGCCCAUCUUCAAUGGCGUGGCUCUACGGGCGGCCAAGGCGAUGCCGCCGGUGUUCAACGGUUGGGUGAGUGACUGGAGCAGGCGCGACUUUCACGACCCCUUCGACGAUAGCAAUUGGCUGCCGCCAAUGCCAGAGCCUCAUCCUGCAGCAGUCGCUCCACCAGCAGCAACAGCAGCAGCAAAGGCGAAAAGAGUGAGAGACGAGCACGCGCUGAACUGGAGCUUCUGGCAGGAGCAGAUGCAGAUGGAGCCAGAGCCAGAGAUGGAGUACUCGACGAUUCAGCGCACAAGCUCGACCAACUCCUGGUACUCCUGCGCCGAAGAGCCACCACUGUCGCCAUUGAAUCCCUUUCUGCCGUACCUGACAGAGUCUUCAGAGUCGCCAGAGCCUCCGCCUCCUCCACCCAGCCGAGCCUCCUAUUUGUUGUUCAGCUCCCUGUCGGGCAAUUUCCGAGAGGAGGAGGAAGACGAGUAUCAAGCAGAUGAGGCAGCAGCAUCAUCAACGGAGCAUCAAGAUCAAGAUCCAACUCAAAAUCAAAGUCAAAGUCAAGAUUCCGACAUAUUGAAUGCCAAUUUCCGUGAUUUCUUUGCGUGGAGCGCCCCGCUGCAGAAUGGCCACACGCCGGCAGGCCACAAGAGCAGUGCACCGGCUGUGGCGCCCAGCGAGGACCGCUAUGCGGCCCUUAAGGACCUCGACGAGCAGCUGCGCGAACUGAAGGCCAGUGAGUCGUCCGCCUCCGAGGCACCGACGCCCACCAAUGGCAACAACAAUGGCCACCAGGCGACGGACGCCUUUGGCAGUGCCCUCGUGAACAACAACAAUCCGAAUCCCUUCAAGAGCCAGCACCAGCAGCAGCUGCUAAGCAGUCACGUUGUGAAUCCAUUCCAGCAGCAUCAGCAGCAGCAGCAGAAUCUCUAUGGCCAAUUGACGCUCAUACCAAAUGCAUACGGCAGCAGCCCCCAGCAGUCGUCCCAUCUCCACCAGCAGCAUCUGCAGCAGCAGCAGACAAGCUUCUUUAACUUCAAUAACAACGGAUAUGCCAUGGCCCAGGGUCUGCCCAAUGGCUGUGGCUUUGGCAGCAUGCAGCCGGCACCAGUUAUGGCCAACAAUCCAUUUGCAGCGAGCGGCGCCAUGAACACCAAUAAUCCAUUCUUAUGAGACUCAACCCAGAAGCAAAACUCGCCACUCGCCGCCGACACUUGGCUGAGGCGCUGACAGCCAGCCGAUCAAAGCCAGCCAGGGAACGGAGCCCCCGGACGGAAUAGAACGAAACGGACGGAACAACUGCGCUGCGCUGCGAGUGAACCGAACCGAAAUUAGUCCAUUUUACGAACAAUAGCAUUAAUCUACUACAUACGAGUAUAUAUACAUAAAACACACUCGCUGUGUACAUAGGUGAAAUGUGUACACGACACGGCACUCUGUCUCAGAGCAGGAGUAGACGCAGGAUGAUAUAUAUAUAUUCUUUUAUAUGAUAACUCUAGAACUUGUACAGGAGCUCCCCUCCAAACAUACGGGGGGCCCUUCAUUAUACUAAUACUAGUGAGGGGGGGACGCAGAUGCCCCGAUCUUAAGGAGCUCUCUUUCUCUCGUUUCUCUCUCUAUCUCUCUAUAGUUAUGGAGAUUUCAAUGUCACUGUCACUGUCACUGUCUGUUAGCACUGUCCCUACUGUCCCUCUAGCACUUUCGUUGCGGAUAAGAAACUCUGUCAGUGUUAUUGAUUGUGUGGCCUUAAUAAGAUUAUAAAACUAUAAAUUAUAACGUACUACUACUAUACGGAUACAGAUAAAAAGAUACAGAUACUACUGACUCCAGAUAUAUACAUAUAUAUAUCUGUAUAUAUAUAUAUAUAUAUAUGCUUUUGUACCUAAUGAAAUGCUUCUUGUUUUCAUUGCUCUGCUCUCUGCCAGCCGCAGCCGCAGCCACAGCCGUACGUGCGCGAUAUCGGGCGUGCAGAUUGCUCAAACUAAAAAACAAAAUAAAAGUUUAACUUUGUUACACCACCAACAGACGUUAGUACGUGCGUACACACGGUCUGUCUGGCUGUCUGUGUGUUUAUAAUUGUAAGCCCCAAAUGUAAUGCCCGCCCUGCCCCGAACCCCGAACCCCUACCCUCAUCCCUCAUCCAUGAAUCACGUUCACGCUCACUCUUCACAUGUCCAUGUCCAUGUCCAGAUAAGAAGCAAGAAUUUUUCCAUUUUUAGCCUUACAAACAAAACAACAUUAUCGAAGCCUUAAAGUUAUUUAAACUACGAAAAUUUCAAUAAAAAGAAAUAAGAACGCUAUGUCCAUAA